AUGUGGCUCUUAACAAAGGUAAUGAUAUUAUCAGUGAUCGCGAUAACCGAAUGCUUAUCAGCGAGUAAAAGUUUAAUUUCAAUAAACGAAGAGUCGUGGCGUGACCUGCUAAAGGGUGAAUGGAUGGUGGAAUUCCACGCACCUUGGUGUCCAGCAUGCAAGGAUUUGCAGAAGGCGUGGGAUGCAUUUGCAGACUGGAGUAAAGACUUGAAUAUCAAAGUGGCUGAGGUUGAUGUGACGGUGAAUCCCGGUCUAUCAGGACGUUUCCUAGUCACUGCACUGCCGACCAUCUAUCAUGUGAAAGAUGGUGUGUUCCGUGCAUAUUCCGGGGCGAGAGAUAAAAACGAUUUUAUAAGUUAUGUGGAAGAUAAGAAGUGGUCAUUAGCCGAUCCGGUGCCUUCAUAUAAACAUCCCGACUCACCGCAGAUGAGCGUGGUGGCAUGGUUCUUCAAGCUGUCGAUGUUCGUUCGUGACAAGCACAAUUACCUCGUUGAAGAAGCUGGAGUACCGUCGUGGGCAUCUUAUUCGUUGUUCGCCGGAAUAACACUCGCAUUGGGUUGUGUGCUUGGAUUCUUCAUUGUUUGCAUUAUUGAUCGUGUCUUCCCGACUGCGCCUCAACCUCUGAAACAGGACAAGAAAAAGGAUCAUAAUAGGAAAAAUAAAAAGGAUGAGCAAAAGAAGAAGGAGGAUGAACGACAUUUACAGGAUCAGAAAGCAGCAUCUCAAGAAGGUCUUUAUAGCUCAUUCUAA